UAGAGUAGCAGAUCUACAAGAGUUUUCCAAAGCAACCCCUCGAAACAAAUUUGUUCGAUGUAGUGGACCUUUUCUUUAAUUUAUUUUUGUGGACACCCAACCCUAAUUCGUUUCUUCCCCACAACUCUCAUCUUCUCGCGGCCCCAACCCUAGUCUUUCCAAUCCCUCAGCUCUUCGAUUUUUUGGAUUUUAUUUUUUGUGGGUAUGGGAAAAGGUAAGCUUAUACUGAUCUGUCAAUCUGGCGGCAAGUUUGUGACGGACGAUGAUGGGACAAUGACUUAUACUGGAGGAGAGGCAGAAGCUAUAGAUAUUAAUCAUGAAACUUCUUUUCAUGACUUUAAGCUCAAACUGGCCAAACUAUGGAACUUGGACUUUGAUUCUUUGUCCCUCAAGUAUUUUCUCCCCGGAAACCGAACAACCCUUAUCACCAUGAGACAAGAGAAAGACAUGAAGAGGAUGUAUGAUUUUCAUCUGAGCUCCGUCAGCGCUGAAGUUUUUGUAACAGGACAAGAAGGCUUCCACUCUCAAGCACCUGCUAACUGGUCUGAUAAUAUAGCAGUGAGAGCAGACACUACACUUAUAGCAUAUGGGAAUGUAGCUAAUGUACCCAUUGAAGUUGCCACAGAAGACAACAGCCUCGUUGAUGUUAGUUUGAUAUCUAGAAAGGUCGUCGCCCCCGGGUUUACUUCUGAAUCCAGUGGUCUUGUUGAGAUUCCUGUAACCGUAUCGACUGGUCCAGUGGUACCAGCCAAAUCAACUUCGAAGAAACCCAAGCGGAAAGGGAAGACGACCAGUCUUGCUUCCAGUAACUAUAAACUGACUCCCAGAAGUUCCAAACAAACAGUGAUGGGUUCAAAAAGCUCCUCUCCGAUGUCCCCUGCGAGUGUUAGUAAACGAAGACGUGUGAUGGAAGAACCCAGCAUGUUGCUCCAGGAUGAAAACGCCGGCGAGACAAGGAGAAGAUCCUUAAGAAACAGGGGAGAAAUUCGAAAGCCUGUAAUAGAAACUGAUGAGGAUGAAUAUCUCUUAAGUGACGAAGAUGAUGCUCACGAUAAUCUUGAUGUAGAUGAUGACAAGGACUACGUGCAGGAUAUUGAUGCCUAUUACCCUGAAACCGAGGAUGUUGACUCUGAACCCCAGAUGAUGAAUUAUUCCAUCGCUGGUGUUAAGGAUGGUUCUGUAGAGAGCUUGGUAGCCUCAUGGAAACUUUGCAUUACCGGCGUGGGUCAGGGAUUCGAGAGUGUCGUUGAGUUUCGUGACGCGUUGCAGAAGUACGCCGUUGCUUGUCGUUUUGGGUACAGGUUAAGGAAGAAUGAAUCGAACCGAGCGUGUGGGGUUUGUUUGGUUGGAGGCUGUCCUUGGAAGAUUUAUGCAUCAUGGGUACCAUCAGAAAGCAUGUUUAGGAUAAAGAAGUUUAACAGGAGGCAUACAUGUGGGGGAGAAUCUUGGAAGUCUGCUCAUCCAAAAAAGAACUGGGUGGUGAGUAUCAUCAAGGAGAGGCUGCAGGAGAAUCCAAAUCAGAAGACUAAGAACAUCGCCGACUCCAUCUUUCAAGAUUUUGGUAUUGAGCUGAGUUAUUGCACCAUUAGACGAGGCAUUGAUGAAGCCAAAGGAGGGCUUCACACAUCAUUCAAAGACGCAUAUAAGCAUUUGCCUCUUUUUGUGAAUAAGGUUGUUGAGACAAACCCUGGAAGUAUAGUUGAUCUUGUGGUUGGUGAGGACAAGAGAUUUCAGCGGCUUUUUCUGUCUUUCCGGUCUUGUAUAAAUGGGUUUCUAACUGGUUGCAGGCCGCUUCUUUUCCUUGAUGCCAUUCCCUUUAAGUCGAGGUAUCAUGAGAUUUUGUUAACAGCUUCUGCCUUGGAUGGAGAUGAUGGUGUGCUUCCAGUGGCAUUAGCCCUUGUUGAUGUGGAAACUGACGAAACUUGGCGUUGGUUUCUUGAACAAGUAAAGGUAGCUGUGCCAAGUUUACGACCCCUUACCUUCGUCUCUGACCGUGAGAAAGGCCUAGUGAGUUCUGUGUUGGAGAUUUUCGAGAACGCACAUCAUGGUUAUUCCAUUCAUUACUUGAUGGAGGAUUUUAUGAGAAGCCUGAGAGGUCCGUUUCUUGGAGACGGGAAGCCAUCCUUAUCGUACUAUCUACUGGCUGCAGCACGUGCUGAUCGACUUGAUGGGUUUAAGGUAUACACUGAGCAGAUAAAACGAGUGUCUCCGAAAGCUUAUGAUUGGGUAAUGGAGAUUGAAGGAAAGCACUGGGCCAAUGCGUUGUUUGAAGGUGAACCAUACAGCCACAUAACCUCAGAUGUGGGAGAGAUCUACUCGAAAUGGAUUGAAGAAAUUCAGGAGACAUCAAUCGUCCUGAAGCUUGUGGUGUUUGUGAGUAGAAUCGUGGAGUUGGUUAACAGUAGCCAGGAGAAGUCAAGAGAGUGGUUCAGCCACCUUGUGCCAUCUAAGGAGGAAAGUCUAGUGGAAGAAUGCAAGAAAGCAAGCACGCUUAAAGUUUUCUUUUGCUCCGACACACUUUUCGAGGUUCACGAUGGGUCUGUUCAGCUCGUGGACAUGAGUAACCAAACAUGCAGCUGCUUCGGGUGGAAGCCCACUGGUCUUCCUUGCCAGCAUGCGAUUGCUGUCCUAAACACCAAAGGCAGAAAUGUUUAUGAGUACUGUUCAAGUUUCUUUACAGUUGAGAGUUACCGUUCAACGUAUUCAGAGGCUCUGGGGCCAGUUGCGAUCGACUUACCUUCAGUGGAGAAUGAAGGGAGCAGCAAGGAAGAGGAAGAACAAGUACUUCCGCCUCUGUUUUCGCGGGUUCAGGGAGUGGACAAAAGAAUCAAGGACAGGAAAAGAGGACGAUCCGUGUGCUGUACAAAGUGUGGAGGAGUAGGACAUAACAAGGCUACUUGCAAGGAUGAUUGAUCAUUCUUGUGUUUGGCCUGUUUCUGGUCAUUACAUUUGUACAGAGGUUUGCAUCUUUCUUCAUAGAUUUUGUUUGGAACCACAAGAAGAUCCGGUAAGGAUUUCUCUCUCCCUUUUCUUGCUCUCACCUUUAUUUAGUGUAUAAAGUAAUAAACUCAGGAAAGUGUUAUGCUUUGUGGUUAUGUGUUGCUUUGGAUACACUAAUACCUUUUUAUAGUCUUUCUAACAGUUAUUUGACUACAGCUAAAUUUUCUUUCUUCCC